UUCGUUUGCGGAUAACUGGAUUAGGAGGCGCAGUGGUGACAGUGACUCGGAAAAAGUGUGUGCGUGUGACAGUGUGACAACUUUUCCAUGAUGCGUUUAAUUGGUUUAGCCUGGGCUACGGCAGUCUGUUGGCUCCUAGGAGCCGUAGACAUAGUCGAGAGCGUAGCAUAUUUCACGGAAAAGCCCUCAUACAUUGAAUCAUGCCGCAUCUAUGAGCCCGAGUUUACAAAAUGUUUAACACGUUCAACACAAAAGUUCAUGAAUGAAGUAAUCAACGGAAUACCAGAGCUUUUGGAAUCAUUUGGUCCCAUGGAUCCCAUGCGACAAGAUCAGCUCACUUUCAAGCAGGCCAACAGCGAUGUGGCCACCAUCUCGGCCAAUCUAACAGAGCUGCUAAUACGGGGCUUUGGCAACAUGGUGAUCAAGGAGAGCAAAGUCAACAAAAAUAAUUUUAGUUUGCAGGAUAAAAUCUAUUUGCCCCAAAUGCGAUUGGAUGGCAAAUAUAAGAUGGUUGGACACAUUUUAAGGGUACCUCUUAGGGGUGCUGGAAAAAUAUAUAUAGAAAUUGAUGACCUCAAUAUCCUGGUGAAUGUAAAGACACGUCUGUAUGAGAAGGGCGGCUUCACCUUCUACAAUGUCACAGAUGUGCGGGUUCAACUCGAUGUUGGAAAAGUCCGUACCAAUUUGGAGAAUCUCUUCAAUGGACGAAGCAAAGAGGUGGAACGCAGCACCAAUCAGUUCUUCAAUGACAAUUGGCGUGACUUUUUCGAGGCAAUGCGUCCGCUGAUUAGCGAAACUGUGGAGCGAACUCUUAUGGAUUUGCUAAAGAAAACAUUCGAUUUAAUACCCGCCAAUUUCUUUGUGGAGGAUAUACCCAAUUCUUUGGAGCUGUAUGGACGUAAAACUCAAAUGAUAACGUAAAAAAUUAUUUACUGUGUGUGUUUUUUUGUUUUAAAUAAUAAAUUGUUAAGGGCUAAAGUUAGA